UACUUUCAUUAUCACACGAUAAGUUGAAGAUGAUGUUGUCCGGCCUUACUCUGAUCUGUCUGACUUCUUUAAUUGGGAUUCCACUUACCUAUAGCGUCAAUCUGUUUAAGGAUUAUGUCACAUACCCUCUAGUUAUCCUGGGUAUAGGCGGGGUUGUAUUAAUCCUGGUGGCUCUCUUACCAUAUCUGUACGCCCGGAACACCGACAUUCCUAAACGGGACCCUUACUUCUAUGUCUGGAGUCUGUUUGCCUUUGCUUGUGUUGUGGAUUUGAUAAUUGCUUUGGAGAAUGAUGGCAUCAUUCACAGCUUCAUGGCCUUUUACCUGCUGGAGGGUGAGCCCUACCUCAAGACAACGCAUGGAACCUUUAUCAACUACUGGGACGCAGCAGUACACUUCGGCCUAUACAUAUAUAUCCUUAAACAGGACGCGUACAAUGAGAAGUACAGAAAGGCUGGCCUUUACUGGGUAGGAUCCAUCACCAACAGUUUACUGCUUAUUCUAAUUUCUGGACUCAUUGGUGAGUAUGGUGUGAGGUGGCCUAUCCUACUCAACACACCGUACCUGUGUAUACCUGUAUGGAUGGGGUAUAAGUUCCUGACAGAUGCACCAAAACAAAAGGCUCAGUACAAGGUAAGAACAGUUAGAGACCAGCAGGAUAUCCGACCUAUACAGGAGAGACGUGUUGACCUGAUGUUUGUCGUUGUCUUUUUAGCUGCUAUAUGUGUUCACAUACUGAGGGCCUCGGCUGUACUUGGGAGCCCAGCUGACAUAGCUAAGACCUACCUUCAACAGCAUGAGCCUUACCUAACCGAUGGUGUAGCCUUCCCCAGAGUACAGAUGAUGCUGUAUUUGUUCUACUUUGUGCCCUACUAUGUGAUGGUCAUCUUUGAUCUGCUGUAUCCAAGUGGUAAACCAUGGGUGAUAGACUGGUCACUCAUAAUGGCUGGAGCUGUAGGCGAGGGUCAGUUUUCCCUUAUUGGGGCCUCCAUUCACCCGUUCACGCCGGCCAUCUCGCAGCUUCCUCCAGGUAACCACACGCUGUUUUGGAUCAUCAACGGAACUCUCUUCAUCAUUCAUCACCUGUAUGCAUACAAGUGUGUAACCUCGCCAACCAAAUAUGUUGGCGUAGUCGAGAGUAAUGGCCAAUCUGCUCUGGAACUUUCUCAGGACAAAGAAUUGCUGUAUGAUGAAAUUAAUUCUACUGGAGACACCUCAGAAUCAAGCAGAUAUAACUUACGGAAUAGACGCAACCGACAAUUUGAUCACCUUUAGAGUUAGAACUCAUGUCACUGUUGGUGCUUUUUAUAUACAUAUGUACUUCAAUUAGCUUCAUUAGCUGUUAUCGAUAAAGUGUAAUUUUUUAUGAACUUAAAAGUUCGAUGGGACAUAAAAGUUAAAAUCAAAAUGUAAUUUUAUAACAAUAUUAUCUAUUUUAAUGAAAAAUGCUCAGCAUCUUCACUCAACUAAAUACAUUAUAUACUUACAGCUAGCAUCCCUAGUUUCCUGGGCUUUGAUUUGUCAAUUUCUAUCUCACCUGGUCAAUAAAACUAGAACGACCUUAUACUGUACCAUGUGACCUGUUGUCCAUCAAUUCCUCAAUAAUUCUUCAACAAAUUAUGAUUUCCCUGAACAACAGUUAUUUUAAACUUCUUCUCAAGUUCCACCAGUGGGAUUCAGCUCAAACUCAAGUGAUUCGAAGAUGGUCCUGACCAAGUGUUGUUAUUUUUCCCAAAUUCUUGUCAGUACCACUAUACUGUACUGGGUAUGGGUAUGUAUACAAAAGUACUGGGGUAUGUUGAAGUCAGAUGACCCUUAAGGCCCAUGGGCCUCUUGUUCUUCUUAUCAACAAUUGUAGUUAGCCAGUCUUUACAAUAACAGUAUACAUAACAAUGCAUACAGGUGUCGUUGCAACAUUUCAAGACCGACUGGUCUCUGUCAAGCUCUAACUCAAAAGCUGCAACGACACCCAUUGUUACGUAUACUACUAGAAUUAAAUAAAUCUUGGAUUGUCAAUUACUAUUUUUUGUAUAUAUAUAUAUAUAUAUAUAUUUAAACUGUAUACCUGGUAAUUUUCUCCCCCGUUUAAUUUUCGCCAUUGUCGCCCUUUGAUGAUAGGGCGAAUUUAAGAUGACGGCUAAAAUUUCUAAAAUUCAAGCUCAAUUGCAGGAUUUACAAGCUAUCGUACAUAGGCUAAUUGUAGUCGGAUCCAAAACAUACCCUCGUACUUUUCAAGUAUGUUUUAUCCUAUACAAUUACAAGCAACACAUGUUAUAUACUUACACUAAAUUUAUAAAAUAAUUUAUUGUUUUAUUCCAAUCUAUGCAUGUGAAAUAAAAUCUAGAUCUAAAUCUAGGCCUAGUAAAUUUGCAAUAUCACAUGUUAAAUCGAGAAUAUGGGUUAAGACAGCGUACUAGGUUUAGUAUAUUUGACUUUUGAAAAAGCUAUAAAUACUAAGUAGAUAUCCAAACUGAUGAAUCUUUUCAAAGAUAAAAAUUGAUUAAUUAUAGCCAAAUUUAAAUUAAUACAAUUCAUACGAUCAACUUGAAGUUUUUUGGGGAAAAAAGACUGAAAUUUAAUAGUGAACUUUGAGUUGCUUAAAAAACAUUUUGAGAAACAUUUGAGUCCUCCAUAAUCUUCUGUUGUUUAUAUUGUGAAACCUACUCUUAUUUCAUGCAGUCUUUUUAAAAAUUUUGAUUGACUGGAAGAAGUUAUACUGACAGAGUGGGACAAGCGAGACAUAUAAUUACGUGUAAUUCUCGUUUUUGAGAGAUCACAAAUUGUAAGUACACAUUUUUUUGUGUGCAAUAUAUUUAUUUAUUACAUUUUUACCAGUGAAAAUAUGGAAAAUUAUUCAUGUUAUGAAAGUGAUAGUGAAAAAUAUCCUUUUUUCUUACUUUACCAAUCAAAACACUGCUUAAAACAACAAUGGGGGAAAUUAAAAAGCUGACCCAGUAUAUUUUGCUAUAAAAAUGUAAUAAACAGAAUAUCUAACAGUGUCUUCAGUAAAACCAGAUAUAUUUCACUGGUGAAAAAUAUUUGGUAUUACAGACGACACUAUUAGAUGUUCUUUAUAAAUUAUGCAAUACAUAUCUGUAUCAUAUUGGUAAUUACUUCUGAGGCUUGCUGAGCUUUCUUGCCCGUUGACAUUUUGAUAAUUGUUUUUGUUAAUUAGAUUUGAACAAUUGUUUUUGUUAAUUUGAUGACAUGUUGAAUUUGUUAUCCAGAUAGGGAUGUGCAAUGUUGAGGAACUUGUGUUUACUUUUUUCUGCUUACAUACAACAGAGAAUUUAUGUACAUAUUUAUAAUCAGGGAUAUUUUAAUCAAAAAGUUCCAAGUGCCAUGAUCAAUUUUGUGUUCAUAUAUUAAUUUUAAGCCAGUAACAAAUGUUUAAUUAAGCUUCCAGGUACAAAUUUGAUGAUUUUUAAUGUUGCUAUUACUUUUAGCCAAUUUUUAAAAUUUCAAUGACAGGAAAUCUUGAAAUAUUUAUUCAAAAUCAUAUUUUGUUUAUAUUGCUGUAAAGAUUGUAUUCAUGCAAUGGUCUUUGUUUUCCAGAUGUAUAACAAAAAAAAAAAAAAAAAAUGACUUUUUUGAUUGUAUCAAUAAGUGUGUUUGGUCACAGAUGUACAUUGUAUAUCAUUUACGUUUACUGCUGUUUAAUUGAUGGCAUCAAUACAAAGGUUCUGAACCUUUGGAGUGUGGGCAGGUCCCCAGAAUUAGAGAGAAUACACUGUACUUCAAAACAGAUAUCCUGGUUGACAUGACUAGGACUGCUGAUGUUCAUUGGAUUAUUUAAGAGUAUAUGCUACCUUGAACAUUUUGUUAAUUCUAAACUUCCCUUAAAAACUUGGUAUACAUUUGUUUGUAGUUUUGUACUGUACCGGAGCAAUUUGAAUUAUUUUUUAUCAGGAGAUACAUCUGUCACAAUAAGGUAUAUAUUUCAUAUUUAUGAUCAUGUUCAGGCAAACUUUUAAACCACUGCUUCAAUGGUCCGUGGUCUGAUCAGUCACACACAUAUUUCGAAAUGAGGCUUAAAAUCAAUUAGCAAUUUGAUUGGCUAAAGAUAUUUCUAUUUUAAAACCUUUCGUCUUUGUCUUGCAAUGGCUGAUUAAAUUUUGAAAAUGUUUUCAGAUUCUGACAUCAGCACUAUGAAUACCACUGGUAAUCUGCCUGCUGAUUUGCAUAUCUGAUAAAUUUUGUACAAUGUUUCAUGUGUUAGAAGUCAUAAGCUUAUGGAAAUCUGGAAUCUGUAUCCAAUUCUAAUCUGACAUAUUGAUUAACCACCCAUAUGAUGCAACAGUACUUCUUUUUUUUUAUACUUUCUGUGACCAAUCCAACCUGGUCUCAGUUUCAUCAACAUUCCUUAACCUACAUCAUCUGAUACCUACGGUUACUUGCACUACAGUUAUCAGUUUAGCAUAGUGUAGUUCAAUCAACCGUGGGAAUCCAACAAGGCUUAACAUUAUCAGUGUAGCAUGGUGUAGUUCAAUCAACCGUGGGAAUCCAACGAGGCUUAACAUUACCAGUUUAGCAUAGUGUAGUUCAAUCAACCAUGGGAAUUCGACGAGGCUUAACAA